UUUUUCAUUGACAUAAUCAAAACAAAGGUUCUUUUUGAUCAUUUUACUAUUUAGAAAAAUUUUUGUGAAAAAUUACCAGUGAAUAAAAAAUAUUUUUCUAUUUUAUCCAAACAAAAUUGUUUUUUCAUUGAUAUUUGUGAAAAAAAAAAAGAUGGCAAAAAAAAGUUUAAAAACGAAAAGAAAUACUCGUCAGCCAAAACCUUUGAAACUUGCAACUCUCGUUGUUUCUGCCAUUGAAGAGCUUAAAGAAUCAAAAGGUGCAACACCAAGAAAAAUUGUCGGUUAUCUUACAUAUGCAACUCAACUUCCAGUGGCGAAAAUAAAACGACAAGUGAAUUCAGUAUUAAAAAAAGGAGUACAAUAUGGAAUUUUACGAAGAUUUCGUGGACAUUAUUAUUUACCAAAAUGUGAUCCAUUAGAGAGAGCAAAUAAAAUUGCCGAAAGAUUUGCCCAAUUACCAAGUGUUGAUUCAGUUGAAUUACUUUCAGAUUUUCUCUAUCCACUAUCUGAUAAUGAAAAUAAUAAUGACAAUAAACAAGAAUUAAAAUCAGCAAUGAAAAAUUUCAAGAACGAUACAAAUAAUGGAAGUGUUCGAUUUAAUUUCAAUAAUAAUAAUCAACAUUCACAAAAUUGCAAUUGUAAUAAUAUAAAUGAUGAAAAUUUUGAUGACGUAUUAUCUCUCAUGAAUUUGGACGACUAAAAUAAAAUAAAAAAAAUA